AUGCUGCACGUUAAUAAGUUGAGUUCAACGACAAAACAAAAUAUCGAACCUGCUCUAAGCUUUUCGCCUUUAAUUAUCACGUUGAACAAUUCAUCUAAUCGUACUCGCCCUCAAGAACAAGAAGAACAGUUCCACGAAAUGGCAUGUAUAGCCAAGUCCCAGCAGCUUCUGCCCACGGCUCACAGCGAACUGACAUGUUACAAUCCUGCGCAGGAAGCCACCGUACAAAAUAGACUUCAGAGCCAACGCGUUAGAGAAAAACAGCUGGAUGAAGAGAUAACUACAAACGGUCGACUGAUUGAUGAAAUGCGCGCUGAACUUCAAACUUGGUCAUUCCGAAGGAAUCAGCUUGCCCGCCAGGUAGGGCCACGUCGUCCAACCAAUCUUAUUAUUCGAAUCGGUGAGAAACGAGUAUUCAUCGGGUCUAAUCAGCAAUCACCCAAUGGAAAGAGUAUGAAAAAUCUAUCCAAAAAUAGAUCUAUAAUCUUAUGCAGGAGACCCAUGGAAAAAGUUUGA